AUGAUCGAGAAUGCUCUGUAUAGAGAUCCUAGAAUAUUGGAAGCAGCUGCAGUGGGAGUACCAGACCAUCGAUUAGGUGAGCUGGUCACGGCCCUGGUUACGCUCAAGCCAGCCUACAGAGGCAAGGCCGAAGUUACUGAAACUGAGUUGAUGGAGUUGGCUCGGCAAUAUCUUCCGCACUUUGCAAUCCCGGUCAUGAUCCUCAUCCAAGAGGGCGACUUCAAGCAUACACCCUCCGAGAAGGUCAUCAAAACUGAGCUUCGUAAAAUCGCAGCUGCAGAAUGGGAGAAGCGCAAGGCUAUGGGAUCUAGUAAGCUCUAG